AUGAAGGCGAAGCAGGUCGCCAUCGCCUUCCUAGGGCUCCGCGCGGCAGGCGCGUUCCUGGGUCUUCUGCGCCGCGGGGACGACGAGGACUCGGAGUCGGAAUGGGACGAGGAGGCGAGCGACUGGGAGGACGAAUUCGAGGACUCCCAAGACGAGGGAGCGGAAUCCACGUCUCGUCGUCAGAGCGCGCGCAGAUCGAUCGGUCCGAUCAAUCUCGGCGUCGUGUGCGCUCCAGGGAACUUUCCGGGCUUCUCGGGCGUCUCCCUCUCCAUGAUGGCAGGAAAGCCACUGGUGCACCAUGUGUGGCGGAACGCGACGCUCUGCGACCACCUGGACAUGGUCGUCGUCGUGUCGGACUCGGCAGCAGUGCUCGAGGCUGCAGCGACAUUCGGGGGCACGGCGUUCGCGGUGAGGCGGCCCCCGGGCGUCAGAGGCUCGCCCACGAUGUUCACGAUGAUGCACCGCGCGAUGAAGGAGGUCCAGGAGAGCGGCACGCGCGUCGCACGCGUCAUAGGGUUGCCCGUCACCGCGCCGCUCUUCGGGCCCCAGGACAUGUCCGCCCUGCUGCGGUCGCUGCGGCUGCACACGGCGCCCGUGUCGAUCCUCGCGUGCGCCGUCGAGAAGGGGUGGCGGGGGGCGUCCUGGGUCGAGGUGGACCUGGACGGCGACGGCAGCGCGACGGGCUUCCGCCGUGUGGCCGCGGAGGGCGACGCGGGGCCGGGCAGGCGCCGCAAGAACAAGGGGCUGCGGAGCCUGAGCGCGGUCGCGACGUCGGCGAGCUUCGUGCACCUGCUCGCGAACCUGCCGGGCAACGCAAGCGCCACGUGGCAGGAGGAGGAGGAGCUCCAGCGCGUGGUCGACUCGGGGUACGGCGUGCGCGUGACGGUGGUGUCGCACGCGGUCGCGGGCGUGACGGACCCGUCGGACCUGCUGUCGCUGGAGGCCUUCUUCCGCGACAGCAUCAUGGCGUCGCCCACGCUGGGGGAGUUGGGCCUGAGUCAGCGGGCGGAGGCGGGCGCUGCCGGGGCGGGCAGGCCCGCGCGCGGCGGCGGCGGCGCGCAGAAGCCGGAGCGGUUCACGGUCGACGGACACGAGGCGAUGGAGCUGCAGGGUGCGGCGAUGAUGGGGGGUCUCAAAGCGAGGUCCCCCCGGGGGACGGUGACCGUCAGCGAGCGGUCCGACCAGGGCCAUGAGUCGCCCCCGAGCCCCUCGCUGGCGGGCUCCGGCGGCAGGCUCACCCGCGGGCGCCCGCGGGUGUACAGCCGGGAGGAGACCGCGCAGGCUGGGGCGUCGCAGGCGGGCGCGGGGUCGAUCGUCGAGAACCCCGCGCUCGUGCAGCGGCUCCUGCAGGCCGCCCGGGAGCGGCAGUCGUCGUCGGCGCAUCCGGACGGCGCGCGGGGGGCGUCGGACGCAGCGCGGCCCGCGCCGCGGAGAGAGGGCGGGCAGAUCGAGACGGUCGCGGCCGUGGAGCGCAGUGCGCGCCGCGUGAUGCGCACGAGCGACGAGAUCACGCCCGUCACGCCGAGUGGCGUUGACGCGCUGCACCCGCCCGGGCCGAGCAACGGCUGA